UAUUUUACAGCAAAUUUUGAUUUACAAUAAAUAUGUAAAUUUUGAACAAAGACAGUUUAAGAGUGCUGUCACAGUUAAUGGAAAUUCAAAUUAGAAAAAAAAUGCUGGAAAACAUCUUUUGGUUGGGGAGUAGUGAAAGAGGAAGCAAUAAGGAAAACCACAAUGGUUUACAAAAUGCCCAGACCCAAACAGAGAAUGAGUUAAAGAAAGUGAAAAGUCCAUUGGAAAGUUAUGGGAGGGCAUUCAGAAAGUAAAACUACUAUUUACCCUAUUUAAGACACAUCCACACCAGGAUAGUCUUCAGAAAACCUAGAGUGGAAGGUUCAGGACCAAACAACCCCGAGAACCAGCAGCAUCUGCAAGAUCCAAAAUGGCUAGGCUUUGUGCUUUCCUGAUGAUCCUGAUCGUGAUGAGCUAUUGUAGAUCAACCUGCUGUCUAGGAUGUGACCUGCCUCAUACUCAUAACCUCAGGAACAAGAGAGCAUUCACACUCCUGGCACAAAUGAGGAGACUCUCCCCUGUCUCCUGCCUGAAGGACAGACAGGACUUUGGAUUCCCCUUGGAGAAGGUGGAUGGCCAGCAGAUCCAGAAGGCUCAAGCUAUCCCUGUCCUGCAAGAGCUAACCCAGCAGAUCCUCAGCCUCUUCACAUCAAAGGAGUCAUUUACUGCUUGGGAUGCAACCCUCCUAGACUCAUUCUGCAAUGACCUCCAGCAGCAGCUGAGUGGUCUGCAAGCCUGUCAGAUGCAGCAAGUGGGGGUGAAGGAAUCUCACCUGGCCCAGGAAGACUCCCUACUGGCUGUGCGGGAAUAUUUCCAUAGGAUCACUGUGUACCUGAGAGAGAAGAAACACAGUCCCUGUGCCUGGGAGGUGGUCAGAGCAGAAGUCUGGAGAGCUCUGUCUUCUUCAGCCAACUUGCUGGCAAGACUAAGAGAAGAGAAGAAAUGAGUCCUGAGCCAA